AUGCAGCAGCGUGUACAGCUGCAUCCAGGCGUACACCUGGACACCGUCCACUCUCGCCGGAUUCAAGUUGAAAAACGCCAAAUCAUCCAGCAGCACCUUGAGCACAUUUUCGCUGGCGAGGUUGGUAAGCAGCGGAGUGAACCGCGGGGUGUUAGAUGGCCACCUCAUAAAGUAACGCAACGGGCUCGUGUCUCCUUCGGGUGCUGGUUCGACAACCUGCCAUCCGUAGGUUCCGUCGGGCGCAUUGGAAAUGAAGGUAGGAAUCUCGCGCGUAACGACGAUGUUGUGCAGAGGCAUGUGGGUAUCGAGGGCAGCACGACCCUUGAAGAACAUGUUGAAGAGCAGUGCGAUUCUGCCGGGCAUCUCCAAGUAGAGGUGGCCAUACUGAUUACCGGCUACGAAACCGUGCACGCGGCAAUCGGAGAUCAGCUGCCACAGGUGCCUGAUUCGCGGCGACCAAGGGUGCAUCGUCACGGAUGGGUUGGUGGGGAGGCUUCCAAACGUCAUCAUGCGCGCUAA